GUCUUCUCGUGGGCACCCUGGAUGUGGUGCUGGACUCCAGCGCCCGCGUGGCCCCCUACCGCAUCCUCCACCAGACCCAGGACUCGCAAGUCUACUGGACCGUGGCAUGCGGUUCUUCCCGUAAAGAGAUCACAAAGCACUGGGAGUGGCUGGAAAACAACUUGCUGCAGACACUGUCCAUCUUUGACAAUGAGGAAGACAUCACCACCUUCGUCAAGGGCAAGAUUCAUGGCAUCAUUGCAGAGGAGAACAAGAGCCUUCAGCCCCAGGGAGAUGAGGACCCUGGGAAGUUCAAGGAGGCCGAGCUGAAGAUGCGGAAGCAGUUUGGGAUGCCGGAGGGCGAGAAGUUGGUCAACUACUACUCCUGCAGCUACUGGAAGGGCCGUGUGCCCCGGCAGGGCUGGCUCUACCUCACUGUCAACCACCUGUGUUUCUACUCCUUCCUGCUGGGAAAGGAAGUGAGCCUGGUGGUGCAGUGGGUGGAUGUCACACGGCUGGAGAAGAAUGCUACGCUGCUCUUCCCUGAGAGCAUCCGUGUGGACACCAGGGACAAGGAGCUCUUCUUCUCCAUGUUUCUCAAUAUCAGCGAGACCUUCAAGCUCAUGGAGCAGCUGGCCAACCUGGCCAUGCGGCAGCUGCUGGACAGCGAGGGCUUCCUGGAGGACAAGGCUUUGCCCAGGCCCAUCCGACCGCACAGGAACAUCUCAGCUCUGAAGCGAGACUUGGAUGCCCGAGCCAAGAACGAGUGCUAUCGGGCCACAUUCCGGCUGCCCAGGGACGAACGGCUGGACGGUCACACGAGCUGUACCCUGUGGACGCCAUUCAACAAGCUGCACAACCCUGGCCAGAUGUUCAUCUCCAACAACUACAUCUGCUUCGCCAGCAAGGAAGAGGACGCAUGCCACCUCAUCAUCCCUCUGAGGGAGGUGACCAUUGUUGAAAAGGCCGAUAGCUCCAGUGUCCUGCCCAGCCCUCUCUCCAUCAGCACCAAGAGUAAAAUGACCUUUCUGUUUGCCAACCUGAAAGACCGUGACUUCCUAGUGCAGAGGAUCUCGGACUUCCUCCAGAAGACCCCCUCCAAACAGCAAGGGGGCAGCCUCGCAGGAGGGAGAGCCAGCACUGUGGACCCAGCCCCAGAGUCCCUCCCAGCUUCUCAGGAGCUGCCCCAAGCACCCACCAGCCCGUCAUCACCCCUCUGUGGCCGCCUGAGUUUCAAUGCCCUAGAGGUGCCCACCGCAUCCCAAGGCCUGCUCAAGGUCUUCCAGAGACAUUCGCCCAUGGAGGACCUAGGACCUAAGGGGGCCAAGGAGAAGGCGAAAGAGGAGGCAUGGGACAUCCACUUCUUUGAGUAUGGGCGUGGCAUGUGCAUGUACCGUACGGCCCAGACGAGGCAGCUGGUCCUGAAGGGCAUCCCUGAGAGUCUGCGAGGAGAGCUCUGGCUGCUGUUCUCGGGGGCCUGGAAUGAGAUGGUGACUCACCCUGGCUACUAUGCCGAGCUGGUAGAGAAGUCCACAGGGAAGUACAGCAUGGCCACAGAGGAGAUCGAGCGAGACCUCCACCGCUCCAUGCCCGAGCACCCUGCCUUCCAGAAUGAGCUGGGGAUCGCCGCACUGCGGCGGGUGCUGACGGCCUAUGCCUUCCGGAACCCCACCAUUGGCUACUGCCAGGCGAUGAACAUUGUGACGUCCGUGCUCCUGCUCUAUGGCAGUGAGGAGGAGGCCUUCUGGCUCCUGGUGGCCCUCUGCGAGCGCAUGCUUCCCGACUACUACAACACCAGGGUGGUGGGAGCCCUGGUGGACCAAGGCAUCUUCGAAGAGCUCACAAGGGAUUUCCUUCCCCGGCUCUCGGAGAAGAUGCAGGACCUGGGAGUCAUCUCCAGCAUCUCGCUGUCCUGGUUCCUGACCCUCUUUCUCAGCGUUAUGCCCUUUGAAAGUGCCGUGGUCAUCGUUGACUGCUUCUUCUACGAGGGUAUCAAGGUGAUCUUGCAGGUGGCCUUGGCUGUCCUGGACGCCAACAUGGAGCAGCUGCUGGACUGCAGCGAUGAGGGCGAGGCCAUGACCGUGCUGGGCAGAUACCUGGAUAACGUGGUCAAUAAGCAGAGUAUCUCUCUCCCUAUUCCACACCUCCAUGCCCUGCUAACCAGCGGAGAUGACCCUCCUGUAGAGGUGGACAUCUUUGACCUCCUGAAGGUGUCCUAUGAGAAGUUCAGCUGCCUGAGGGCCGAAGACAUCGAACAGAUGCGGUUUAAGCAGAGGCUGAAAGUGAUUCAGUCCUUGGAGGACACAGCCAAGAGAAGCGUGGUCCGAGCCAUCCCGGGGGACGUUGGUUUCUCAGUUGAGGAGCUGGAGGACCUUUACAUGGUGUUUAAGGCCAAGCACAUGGCAAGCCAGUACUGGGGCAGCCACUCAGCCGCCAGCCGCCGCGACCCCAGUCUGCCCUUCCUGGAGCAGUACCGGAUCGGUGCCAGCCAGUUCCAGGAGCUCUUUGCCAGCCUUACGCCCUGGGCCUGUGGCUCACACACACCUGUGCUGGCGGGCCGCAUGUUUCGGCUCCUGGACCAAAACAAGGACUUGCUGAUCAACUUCAAGGAGUUCGUGACAGGAAUGAGUGCAAUGUACCAUGGAGACCUCACGGAGAAGCUCAAGGCGCUCUACAAGCUGCACCUUCCCCCAGCUCUGAGCCCAGAGGAAGCGGAGUCAGCCCUGGAGGCCACCCAUUACUUCACAGAGGACAGCUCCUCAGAAGCAUCUCCUCUGACUUCAGAUCUGGAUCUUUUCCUGCCCUGGGAAGCUCAAGAAGCACUACCACAGGAAGAGCAAGAAGGAAGUGGAAAUGAGGAUGUUCGGGGAAAAAAAGAGGAGAAGGGGACCAGCCCUCCAGACUACCGACACUACCUUCGCAUGUGGGCCAAGGAGAAGGAGGUUCAGGAGGAGACAAUUAAGGAUCUGCCCAAGAUGAACCAGGAGCAGUUCAUUGAGCUGUGCAAGACUCUUUACAACAUGUUCAGUGAAGAUGCCCUGGAGCAGGACCUAUACCAUGCCAUUGCCACGGUGGCCAGCCUCCUGCUGCGCAUUGGCGAGGUGGGGAAGAAGUUUUCAGCCCGAGCAGUCGGGAAGCCCAGGGAUGGGGCCCACUCCGGGGAUCACAGCGGUGCCACUGAGGAGGACGAGCCACCUACACCUGAACCCCAGCAGGACCCAACAUGGGCGCAUCAGCCCCCCGCUGCAGGGGACGCACAGGCCAAAGCUGGCGGGGACACACACACGGGGAAAGCAACCCAGGAAGGCCAGGCAGUGGCGGAGGCGGGCAGUGGUGAGGGCCAGGGCUCGCCCUGCCAGCUCCUGUCUGAUGAUGAAACCAAAGAUGACGUGUCCGUGUCCUCCUACUCGGUGGUCAGCACGGGCUCUCUGCAGUGUGAGGACCUCACAGAUGACACAGUACUCGUGGGUGGGGAGGCCCGCAGCCUCACGGCCUCCUCACGUACUGGGGGCACUGUGGACACAGACUGGUGCAUCUCCUUCGAGCAGAUCCUGGCCUCCAUCCUGACAGAGUCUGUGCUUGUAAACUUCUUCGAGAAGAAGGUAGAUAUUGGUGCCAAGAUCAAGGAGCAAAAGAAGGUGGAGAGGCAGUUCAGCACUGCCAGUGACCAGGAGCAGCCGGAGGUUUCGGGCUCCAGCUGAGGCCUUGCCUGUCCCUCUGCCUGCUCCCUCUUCUUGAACACACACUCUCCCAUCUUUUCUGGGCAGAGCUGGCAACACAAAGAGGGCAGUGCAGACCCAGUCACCUCAGAAGGGUUCCCUUUGCCUACAGCUCAGGGCCCAGGAAGAGGUGGCCAUGCUGUCUUCCCCUCCGUACAGUGGGGCCUCACCCUGAGCCCAGGCACCGCCCGAGAGGCUCCCGUCUGCCGCCCGCUUGCCUCACUCUGUACCCCACGCUGUGCAGAGGCCGUGGACAAUCUCCAUAUAGCUGUGUGGCCCAGGUACCGCUGCUCCCACUUGGCACCAGGCCGGGGCUUGUGCUUGUUGGGCUCCAAAGAGUGGAACUUCAGGUGUUCACGGGAGCCCCUGAGCCUGAGCCUCACUGAGAAGCGGACAGAAGACGCCUCUGCCGCGGCUGGGUGCGCACACUGCCGCUACCGUACACGUGCUUUGGCUCCUCCUCACCAUUAACUCUCAAAGUGCAACGCUCAGGUCCUGGUCUGUCUCCUUGUGUUCAUUUCAGUUGACUAAAUAUCGCACUACUCAGUGCCUUAAUAAAUCCCUGGAGAAAUAAAAACCA